UUGUGUUAUGAUUUAUGGGUUCCCAAUGUACGAGGAAAUUACUACUCGAAGAAGCACAUAAAACUCGACCCGGCAAAAGAUCCCGAAUUCUGGGAUUUCUCUACAAUAGAAUUCGCUUACUACGAUAUACCAGCUUCAAUCGAUUACAUACUAAAGCACACUAUGUCAGAUAACAUCAAUUACAUUGGAUAUUCGCAAGGCGGAGGUACCUUCCUAAUGAUGAAUUCUGAGAGACCGGAGUAUCACUACAAAAUCGGAGUGGGUAUACUUUUAGCACCUGCCACAAGACUCACUUAUACAAGAUCACAGCUAUUCAGGUUUCUUUUAGACUAUUAUAAAGCUAAUUUACCUUAUCUAUAUCAAAUUGGAAUCUACGAAGCUCCGCCUCAAGGUGGUAUUGUGCAAGAGAUUGCUGCAUUCCUAUGCAAGAAUUACGUAAUUGCAGAUACUAUUUGUAGAUAUUUCCUGAGCUUAAUUGACUCUUUCCACCCAGGUUCUGUGGAGACGGAAACAAUACGUGUGUUCAUAGGUCAUUUUCCGGCAGGAACAUCAGUAAAGAACAUGGCGUGGUACGGUCAAACUUUGAACGUUGAUAUGUUUCAAAAAUUUGACUAUGGACCGUCUAGAAAUUUGGAAAUGUAUGGCACCGCUCAGCCACCCCCUUUCAACCUCAGCGCUGUGACGGUACCUGUUGUCGUUAUUCAUGGAAGAAACGAUUUUCUGACUUCACCAGCUGACGUAGAUUGGGUGACCAGUCACUUGCCCAAUGUACUCGAGGAUUAUUACAUUGUGGAUCCACUUUGGAAUCACUUUGACGUAACUUAUAGUCAGUUCACUGCUAGAUAUGUUUUACCGAAAAUUAAGGAAUAUUUAGAGAAAUUUAGCCAAGAUGGGGAUAUGUAG